AUGUCCUCCGACGCAGACUACGCGUCCUUCCUGGACAAAGCGAACCAAGACACAGGCGCAGCGUCCACUGCACAGAAAUCAAGCAAGCAAUAUUCCACAAAGAGUGUGAACACGGUGGUGCCGAAAGUGUUGGAGGGUGUGGAGGAGUGUUAUAUCUCAGAUGCGGAUGAGCCAUUUGAGCCUGUGAGUUUGAGAUUUGAGGGGCAGCGUGUUUCUGCGGAUGACCUGAAGAAACUUAUUGGACACGAUGCGGAUGUGGCGAGUGUGGGGGUGAAGGAGUUUGAUCCGAAGGAUCAGUACAAGAACGUUAUGGAGGCGGUUAAGGCGGCAGGAAGUGGGGAUGUGAGCGUGUUUAGGGUGGAGCAUGGAGGGACAAGGGCAGAGUAUUAUGUGGUCAGCGUGGAUGAGCCAGAGGGGAGGUUGGUUGGGUUGAAGGCAUUGGCUGUGGAGUCGUAG